AUGGCAGGCUCGGAGGAUGAGUCCGAGUGGGAGUACGAGUACGACACCAAUGCGACUGACGACUUUUACUUGACUCUCGACUUGACAACACACAUCCCGCCAGCCCUUGCUAGGGACAGACGCACCAAGGCCCAAAAGUCGACUACUCGUGGCUCGAACAAGAGUCUUGCCAAUGCUCCUGGCACUUCCGAAACAGGCACAAAGGAUGGCGCAGCUCAGGACGGCGAUGGAGAUGGCGCAGACACAACCACCGAGCGCAUGCAAAUUGUCGGCUUGCAUGACAGGAACCCAAUCAUCUCCUACAACAACUCCAUCUACUCGUGCCAGUGGGCCACCGAUCUAGCCACCCAGAUCUUCCUCGCCCCGCCGCCCACCGACUUCGACCCCGAUCACGCAGCCUUAAGGUCCACCCCUUCAUUCGACGUCUUGGGCACAAGCGCUGCUCGUCUGGUAGCCAUACCGGCCACUAUUCAACCGCGAGAGACUGCGCCUCCGAACAUCAUAAAAGCCGCAUAUGCCGGUCCAGAGACUACAUACACAACAGCUGAAGGAGACGUGAUCGAGCACACCUCAGCCCAAGGCUUGCGCAUCGGCCUCCCCUCUACUGCCAGUGCUCAGCGCACAAGUCAGGCCAAGUUCUUGGAAGCUCUGUCAGCCAUCAAAGCGCGCCGUGGCGACCAAGAUGCUGUGCCUGUCACAAACAUCAAAGUCUACCACCCACCCGAGGGCUGGGAAGAAGAGCGCGCAGACUAUAUAGAAAAGGAAAGCGCGCGUAGCAAGAAAGACAAGGCAGAGGCAGCCGCACGCGCAAAGAGAGAAAAGGCAGAACAAACAGCUCGACUCACCAGGCUGAACCGACGUCCCGCAUACGCCCGCCCAACCGAGGAGGAGCUUGAGGAGGAAGGCAGUGGGGAAGAGAAUGAGGAGGAUGCAAACAAGAAUGCCGAUGCCGAUGGCAACAAGCUAGUCACCCGCAAGAGAAGAACACUGGCUCGUGGCGGGGCUCGAGGUGGUGCGCCCAGCGGUAAAAGACUGCGUCAGAGCUUGGGUCUGCCAGAAGCCAGACGCGACUCACGACCCAAGGGUCGUCCACGCAAGAAGAGGAAAGUGGUCGAAGCACCCGAAGCAGUCGCCGAAGAUACACCUGCCGAAGGAGCGUCCACUGCUCCAGGACUCAGUCAAGAAGGCACGAGCACACAGGCCGCAGCCGAGCAAAAAGAUACAAGUAUGGCUGAGGGUGGUGCCACCCAAGAAGCUGAUGAUAGUGCGGCAGUAGACAACACUGGUGAUUAG